CUCUCUUUCAAACACUGUCACAAUUCAUCUCUCUCUCUCUCUCUCUCUCUCUCUCUCUUCAAAACACUGUGUUUCUUUUCUCUCUGAUUACCAUUGUUGCUUCAUUUCCAUUGCUUCCUCAGCAAAACACCAUCAUGUCUUCUACCUCAUCUCUCAGAAACCUUCUUCCCAGAUCAUUCUCUUUCAAGCAAAAACCUAAUUCCAACCCUAAAUUCCCAAAGUCAGAUGCCGAGAACACUCCCCCCACCGAUCCCAACAUUCAGAUCAGCCAUGACCAAUCAUUUCCGAAGCAAUCACACCCCAAAACCCCAAUUUCCCCCAAAAAUCAGUCAAAACCCCCUCUUGAAUCGGACCCAUCAGUGAAGGUUGUGGUACGAGUAAGACCUAGCAAUGGAAUAGAGGGGGAACGAACGGUGAAGAAGGUUUCUUCUGAUACCUUGAGUGUUGGGGAUAGGCAAUUUGCGUUUGAUUCAGUUUUUGAUUCGAACUCCAGUCAGGAAGAUAUUUUUCAGUCACUGGGUGUCCCCUUGGUUAGAAAUGCUUUAGCUGGUUACAAUACUUCAAUUUUGUCAUAUGGCCAGUCUGGAAGUGGAAAGACAUAUACAAUGUGGGGUCCCCCAAGUGCAAUGCUUGAGGAGCGCUCGCCUCAAAGUCACACGGGAAUUGUUCCUCGGGUUUUCCAAAUGUUAUUUUCUGAGCUUGAGAGAGAGCAGCGCAUGUCUGAGGGGAAACAGUUCAACUAUCAAUGUCGAUGUUGUUUUCUUGAGAUAUACAAUGAACAGAUUAGUGAUUUACUUGACCAAACCCAACGGAACCUUGAGAUGAAGGAUGAUUCGAAAAAUCCAUUGUAUAUUGAGAAUCUUACAGAGGAAUAUGUUACUAGCUAUGAUGAUGUUACACAAAUUCUGAUUAAGGGCCUUUCAAGCAGAAAAGUUGGAGCAACAAGCUUAAAUUCUAAGAGUUCUAGAUCACAUAUCAUUUUCACUUUUGUGAUUGAGUCGUGGUGCAAGGGAACCUCAUCAAAUGGCUUCAGUAGUUCGAAAUCUAGCAGAAUCAGCCUUAUUGAUCUUGCUGGAGAGGACAGGAACAAAGUCGAUGGUGCAGGCAGACAAUGUCUAAGGGAAAGCAAAUGUGUGAAGAAGUCCUUAUCUCAGCUUGGGCGCGUGGUAGAUGCUUUGACUAAAGAAACUUGCUCAGGGAAAGCAGAACAAAUUCCUAAAAGGAAUUCUUGUUUAACCCGUCUACUACAAGAAUCACUUGGAGGAAACGCAAAGCUCUCAGUAAUUUGUUCCAUCUCCCCAGAUAACAAGAAUAAUGGUGAAACACUGCGCACACUCCGAUUUGGACAGCGAGUAAGAUCCAUUAGAAAUGAGCCUGUUAUCAAUGAAAUAAAGGAGGAUGAUGUUAAUGACCUGAGUGAUCAAAUUCGACUGCUGAAGGAAGAACUAAUUAGAGCAAAGGCUGAUGUUCGUAGCUCAGAUGGGAGUAAAAAUGGAUACCUCCAAGUACGUGAUGUCCGGGAAAGCCUUAAUAAUUUGAGGGUCAGCUUAAACCGAUCUCUACUCCUCCCUCACAUUGAUAAUGAAAUUGAUGAAGAGGUAAAUGUGGGCGAGGAGGACAUAAGGCAAUUACGCCAGCAGAUUGAUGAAUUGUACAUGUCAUGUGAAGGGAAUCCUAAAGACAUAUCUGUCAGUGAAGAUUGUGUCCCGUAUUAUUCUGUUGAGGAAAGUUGUGAUACAGAUAUGACCAGCUGUGAUGAAAUUGAAAAAGAGGAAGUAUGUUCAAAAGAAACAUCAAGUGAUCUUUGUCACAAGGACAGCGCGGCACCAGAAGACACCUCAAGGGCAAUUAAAUCUACUUUCAGAGAGAGCAUUUCGGUUAGUUCAUGCUGCCGGUCUCCAAUACUUGAAGAACCACUGUUGUCUGAGUCUCCAAAAAUCAGCAAUAUAAAGAGGAAAAGUGUGGCUUUUUCAUCUAGUUGUCUUGGAAGUUGGAACAAUGUGGCAGAGGAGAAUUCAAGUUCCAGUAUAGGACAAUCAUUUAAAAAGGACGAACUUAUGCAAUCCUCCUUGCGGUCAAGCAAGGUUUUUCCAGGUCCUACGGAGUCCUUGGCAGCAAGCCUUCAGAGGGGACUGCAGAUAAUUGAUCAUCACCAGCGGAACUCAGCACUAAACAAAUCUCUAGCCUCAUUCUCUUUUGAGCACUUAACCUUGACUCCUUGUCCAGAAAUUGACAAGGGUGAUUCUUGUGAUAGUACAAUACAACAGAAGAAAUAUUCUAUUGAUGAAAGGACUGCUACUUUGCUUUGUGAAUCUUGCCGUAUAAAAAUAUGUGACAAGGAAGACUCGAUCAAGGUUAAAGAUAGCUUGAAGUCGUUGUCUGACACAGCUGAAGCAGGAAAUCAGGAUGGACUGACAGCUAAUGUUCCAAAUGAUUUGGAAAUGGCAAAAUCUAUCAUAAGAGAAAAGGAGCUAGAGAGACUUUGCAAGGAGCAAGCGGCUAGAAUUGAGGAACUAAAUCAAUUGGUGGAAAAAUUGAAAGGAGAAAAAGAAAUAAACUCCAUCGUUGUAUAUGGUCAAGAAAGCAACAAUCUUCUGAGUGACACUUCCUCAGACAGUCAUUUACCAGAUAAUGUAGAAGAAAAAUGUGAAAUCAAAGAAGUCCAAGAAGAAUUCGAUCAAAGAAACUGCUCUUUUGAUGCUACUGAGAAGGAAGAACUUCUCAAGGAAAUUCAGAAUCUUAGAAGCAAGUUACAAUUAUAUAAUGAUGCACCAGCUAAAAUGUCCACUGACAAACUGAGAUCUUCAUUAAUUUCAAGGUCCAUUCAACUGCGAAAAAGCAGUGUGUUUUCUAACCAUAAUGCUGAAGAGCUAGAGAAAGAAAGAGAGAGAUGGACAGAAAUGGAAAGUGAUUGGAUUUGUCUCACUGAUGAACUAAGAGUUGACCUUGAGUCCAACAGGCAGCGGGCAGAGAGGGUGGAGCUGGAACUAAGGUUAGAGAAGAAGUGCACUGAAGAAUUAGACGACGCUCUAAAAAGAUCGGUUCUCGGACAUGCUAGAAUGGUGGAGCACUAUGUUGACCUCCAGGAAAAAUAUAAUGAUUUGGUUGCAAAGCACAAUGCUGUUAUGCACGGCAUAGCCGAGGUAAAGAAAGCAGCUGCAAAGGCCGGCAAAAGGGGUCAUGCUCGCUUUGCCAAGUCUCUUGCUGCUGAGCUUUCAGCACUCAGGGUGGAGAGAGAAAGGGAAGCCAAAUUCUUGAAAAAGGAAAACAUGAGUCUCAAGAUUCAACUUAGAGACACUGCAGAAGCUGUUCAUGCAGCUGGAGAACUACUUGUUAGACUCAGAGAAGCUGAGCAUGCAGCAUCUGUUGCAGAGGAGAACUUCACAAAAGUGCAACAAGAUAAUGAAAAGCUGAAAAGGCAAAUGGAUAAGCUCAAAAGAAAACACAAGAUGGAGAUGAUUACCAUGAAGCAGUAUCUUGCAGACAGUAGAUUACCUGAAUCUGCGCAGCAACCGCUAUUUCGAGAGGAUUCUGAUGGGGCACAAAAGAACACAUCACCCUAUGCGGAUGAUGACCAGGCCUGGAGGGCAGAAUUUGGAGCAAUCUAUCAAGACCAUUAUUAGUUCUGGUGAUGUGUUUGAAUUAGAAAAUGAUGAGUUUGAAUUUGACUACUGCAAGUGCAAACAGAUCCUUCUCGGAUCAAAAGUUCUUUCAUUUCAAUUCUUUGUAUUGUUUUUAUAUUCAUUGUAUUUUUUAAGCUGUGUGGAACAUUUGGUUUAUGAAACAUCUAUUCUUUUGUCUGCUUGUUCUGACAGUGGGUAGUAGUAAUAACAUUGGAAAGUUUGUUCUUCA